AUGGAGGAGCCAGAGCAGGGAUUUGCAGCAGGACGCCAUACUUGCAGACCGGGCAUCCUCCCAGGACCCACUAGGGUCUCCUCUCCCCAAGAUGAUACCUGGAAUUGGGGCGUUUACCCGGGACACACUAUGGUGCUUCAGCCAAGUGAAAGGCACUAUGGAGACUGGAACCACCGAAGGCUCGGACCAUGGUGCAGUCCCACUGGCUCCCCUGCCCCCCUCUCCUGUGAGACUGGCUGCGGGGAGGGAUCAUGGAUACUUGUCUGCCGGCUUCUGGUUCCCACGCAAGUAAGCCUGCUGUCAAUGGAGGAGGACAUUGAUACCCGCAAAAUCAACAACAGUUUCCUGCGCGACCACAGCUAUGCGACCGAAGCUGACAUUAUCUCUACGGUAGAAUUCAACCACACGGGAGAAUUACUAGCGACAGGGGACAAGGGGGGUCGGGUUGUAAUAUUUCAACGGGAGCAGGAGAGUAAAAAUCAGGUUCAUCGUAGGGGUGAAUACAAUGUUUACAGCACAUUCCAGAGCCAUGAACCCGAGUUCGAUUACCUGAAGAGUUUAGAAAUAGAAGAAAAAAUCAAUAAAAUAAGAUGGCUCCCUCAGCAGAAUGCAGCCUACUUCCUUCUGUCUACUAAUGAUAAAACUGUGAAGCUGUGGAAAGUCAGCGAGCGUGAUAAGAGGCCAGAAGGCUACAAUCUGAAAGAUGAGGAGGGCCGGCUGCGGGAUCCUGCCACCAUCACAACCUUGCGGGUGCCUGUCCUGAGACCCAUGGACCUGAUGGUGGAGGCCACCCCGCGAAGAGUAUUUGCCAAUGCACACACAUAUCACAUCAACUCCAUAUCAGUCAACAGCGACUAUGAAACCUACAUGUCAGCUGAUGACCUGAGGAUUAACCUAUGGAACUUUGAAAUAACCAAUCAAAGUUUUAAUAUCGUUGACAUCAAGCCGGCCAACAUGGAGGAGCUCACAGAGGUGAUCACAGCGGCCGAGUUCCACCCCCAUCACUGCAACACCUUCGUGUACAGCAGCAGCAAAGGGACAAUCCGGCUGUGUGACAUGCGGGCGUCGGCCCUGUGUGACAGGCACACCAAAUUUUUUGAAGAGCCGGAAGAUCCAAGCAACAGGUCGUUUUUCUCUGAAAUCAUCUCUUCGAUUUCGGAUGUGAAGUUCAGCCACAGUGGGAGGUAUAUCAUGACCAGAGACUAUCUGACGGUCAAAGUUUGGGAUCUCAACAUGGAAAACCGCCCCAUCGAGACUUACCAGGUUCACGACUACCUCCGCAGCAAGCUGUGCUCCCUCUACGAAAAUGACUGCAUUUUUGAUAAAUUUGAAUGUGUGUGGAAUGGGUCAGACAGUGUCAUCAUGACGGGCUCCUACAACAACUUCUUCAGGAUGUUUGACCGAAACACCAAGCGCGAUGUUACCCUUGAGGCCUCGAGGGAAAACAGCAAACCCCGAGCUAUCCUAAAACCGCGCAAAGUGUGCGUGGGGGGCAAGCGGAGAAAAGACGAGAUCAGUGUCGACAGUCUGGACUUUAGCAAAAAGAUCUUGCAUACAGCUUGGCAUCCUUCAGAAAAUAUUAUAGCAGUGGCGGCUACAAAUAACCUAUAUAUAUUCCAGGACAAGGUUAACUAG